CUUCCCUCCCCUCCCACCUCCCCGCUCCCGCCGCGGCGUACACUGCUCGGUACGCGAGUAGUCUCUCCCUCUGCUCUCCCCUAGUACCCCUACCCCUCCCGUGGCUCUCCCCUCCUCGACAGGGCGCUAUUUACCCUGGCAGUUUCGGCGACGACCGAGCGCGGCGCUGCGCUCUUGCGUCGCAUCUCGUUCGGUGUGUAUCGUGUCGACGUGCACGGCGGCGUCAGACUCACGUUAGCGCGCACAGUCCCACGCGGAGGUUCGCGCGUGUCCGCUGCUCAAAGUGUCAUCGCGAGUCGUUCGGUGUUGUCGCGUUCUCGUCCGAUUUCGCGACGUUUCUCUCGUUUCUUUCCUCGUUCGUCGACGAGCACGAGGAAACGCACGACACGCGGGGUUUCGCGUUGUGUCGCGUCUCGAACGAAAACGUUCGUUCUCGAUUUCGCCGGGCCACGCCGUGUGAAUCCCGACGACGACGACGAAUGUCGCGUGUGCGCCGACGAAACGGAAAAGGGAACGAAAAAAGGACGGCGGGAGAAAGGAGGAUGGCCGAGAGAGGAGAGAGAGGAAACAACACAUUCGCGGCCAUUUUAACUGCGUCGUACGCUAACCCGGGCCACCCAGUGUGUAGUACGAGAGUCGGAGAACCUCCGUAACGUCGCCGCCGCUCUCUCUCUCUCCUUAGGCUUAAACUGCGUCUCUCGCGUGUGCGCUUUGCUUCUGCGCACGCGAGUCGCUACGUGUUUUCUCACGCACACAACCGACCGUUCAUCACGCUCGUGCGUUUCACGCACACUUUCACGUUUUCGACAGAGUUGUUUGUUCGCGUUCGGGACCGUGUUUCGUCACGAUUCGAACCCGAGUCGGAGAAAAUUGACAGUGACGGGGCAGAGAGAGGGAGGGGAGGGAGGAAAGGAGCGUACGGUACGGAACCGUCGAUACAGUGACAAAACGGGGAGAAGCGACACGCGAACGAACCAACGAACGAACGAACGGUCAACGGAACGUGUGCGCUCGACCGGUAUGUUUGCUCGUUUCGUGACGCGAAACGCGGCAAUCGGCAAACUGGCGAGAACGAGGAAUAACCGCCGCUGGUUCUCUCGUAUAACGGCGGGCAAAUUGUACGCGAAGUGCGAAAAAUGUAUACGGUCGUGAUCGAGGAAAUCGUCGCCCCCCUCGUGAAAUUCGACGAGCACGAGGACGAUAACGAAGGAAGGAAGGAACGAACGAUCAAUCGAAAUAGAAGAGCGAGGAAAUUUGUUCAGCCGGUAACAACGAACUUGACAGCGACCGGAGUUAUCCUAUGAUAAACCGUGCGGAAGAAGAAAUUGGAAACGAACGAUGGGAUAAUUAAAAGUGCGCGAACAGUAUCGAGAAACGAAAUACGAAGAUGUGUGUAUGUGUUUUUGUGUGUGUAUAUAUAUAUGUAUAUAUAUAUAUGUAUAUACAUACACGACACACAUAUACAUAUACCGUAUAUAUAUAUAUGUACCGUGUCGACGAGACGAAGAAUCGUCGUAAAUAAAUUCUGUGGUGAGACGAGGAGCGAGGAAAAGACAAGGAUGGGAGGAUUAAACGACGACGAAGCACGGUGGACGAUAGGAUAGAGGGAAAGAAGCGAAAACCCAAUCUAUCGACCUCGACGUCUCGCAUUCCCCGCGAUCGAUCACCAACCUGAGAAUACAGCCCGACCGUUUUCAACCGAAGAUGCACCGUCCGCGUUUUCUCCAAUCGUUUCCUCACACCGACACUCUCGCACCGUCCAAUGAUGCGUCUGCCGUGCGUUGUUCAGGAUUUGGAACGAACCCGUCCUACUUUCGUCUCACGAGACAAAGAAUCGGAAGGAUGUUGGUCGAGGUAUUUCGCACUGCUGCAAACAAUGGAACGAAACUUAACGUGAAUGAAGUGAUGCAAUCGGUGCAACAGAUUGUCGAAGAUCCUGACACGCAAGUUCGGUUGGACCUGGUGGAGCAUAUACCUCAUGUGGCGACGAUCUGCCAAGAAUCUCCUCAUCUAUUCGACAAUGUCGUUCACGAUCAUUUGCUCGGUAUCAUUAUCAAAUAUCUACAGGAUCAAGAUAACCAGGUACGAAUGACAGCCCAGACAGCGGUGUUAACGUUAACGAAGAAGGGAGUUCUCGACAACAUCACGAUCGAGGUCAAACUGUGUCCCGUAAUAGAAACCCUCUGUAGGUCCGUCGAUUUCCUUAGCUCUGGCAUCUCCCUCAUGUGCAAAAUGGCGCCCCUCAUUGGCAAAGAGAUGACGGAAAAGAUUUUUCUGGAUAGAUACAUCGCUCUCUGCAAAGACAAAGAAUUUUAUACGAGAAAAAUCUGCGCGUCGCACUUUGGCAAACUUUGCUCCGCUGUUGGGAGGAAGACGCUUUUCCGAAAAUUGUUCCCGGUAUUUGUCGAUCUGUGUUGCGAUACAGUGUGGGGCGUCCGAAAAGCGUGCGUGGACGUUAUGAUGCCGGUUUCGUGCUGCAUGACCCUUCAACAUCGUCGAUUACUCUUGGCAGAUCUUCUUGCCACGCAUCUUAACGACGACUCGAAAUGGGUGCGAAUGUCUGCCUUUCAAAUUUUAGGACCAUUUAUAUCUACGUUCGCGAAACAGUUUACCGAAGUGACUUAUAAUCAACACGGUGAAUUAGUAUUUACCAGCCAACAAGAUACUCGUUUCAGUAUAAGGUAUUUGUACGAAGGAAUAUUCCCCACUAAGUGCGCGAUACGGAGUCAUACACUCGACGCGGAGGAUAAUAAUUCUAAGGAUAACUUCAAUUUAUCUGUGAUAAUACAAAAACCAAUUUUCGAAGAAGACGAUGACGAGGACGAGUCUCAGGAAGAUCAUAUUUCCAGAAUGAGAGCUUAUAAAUCGAAGAUACAGAGAAAGCAUCUGAAAAAUGACAAAGAUGAUCAAAACACGUUGGACGACACGGAAAAUUUUAAUCCAUUCCUGUACUAUUACAUAGCACCGGAUCUUCCACUGGACGACGAACUUGUCGAGGCUGCGAAAAAAUCUGCUGCGCAAAAUAACGUAAAUCGGAAACAGCCGUUGAUCGGCGUUACAGCUUCUAGUAAAGCAUCGUUAUUGGAUAACAUGCUAAAAGAAGACAAAUAUUCGACGGACAAAUUCGAUGUGAUCAAUUUCAACGAUCAAGAGAUCGUUCCUCAACACUUGAUCGAUUCGUUCUUGUCGAUGGCAGAGCCGGAACAAUGUUCAGACAUGGGCACGGAUAUCCCUCAUCACUGCGCUUUUAGCUUUCCCGCGGUUGUGCUCACGUUGGGGAAAGAAAAUUGGCCGUAUUUGAAGCAGGCUUACCAAUCUUUGGCAAGCGCCAAUCAAUGGAAAGUGAGACGCACAUUAGCCUCCAGUAUCCAUGAAAUCGCUAUUAUUCUCGGAGAGGAACUUACCGUCACUGAUCUCGUUCCGAUCUACGACGGGUUUAUCAAAGAUCUGGACGAGGUCAGAAUAGGUGUGCUCAAGCAUCUAGCGACAUUUUUGAAAAUACUCAAGCCGACCGAUCGUCGCCAAUAUUUGCCAAGACUGAAGGAAUUCCUUUCCACCGAUACCGAGUGGAAUUGGAGAUUUCGAGAAGAGUUGGCUACUCAGUUGUUGGAAGUUGUGAAUCUGUUCAAUCCCGCGGACGUAGAACGGCACAUAGUAUCAUUGUCUCUUGAAUUAUUGCGCGACAAAGUUGCUGCUGUGAGAUACGUUGCGCUUUCUUUGGUUACGCAAAUAGUAGCUCAUCUGUCUGACAACGAACGUCACGUAACGGCGCUGUUUCAAGAGCUUAGAUUUUCUCUUGUAUAUGCAAAAAAAUGGAUCAGAAGGCAAACGUUCGCUUUUGUAUGCGCCAAAUUAAUAUCCAGCAACGCCAUCAGUGGGGAUAGAUUUUCCCAGGAAAUGUUACCCAAUUUGUUAAAAUUAUCCACCGACAAAGUACCAAACGUGAGAUUAGUUGUAGCGAGAACAUUAUCGAAGAACGUUAUUCCUAUGGGAUCAGAAUGGUUGGGAGUCGAACAGGCGGAAGAAGUAGAGAAAAGGCUCAGAGAGAUGAGAUCAGAUCCGGAUAGAGACGUUCGAAUGCUAGCAGGUGGCGAGGAGAAUUCUGUAUUAGAUAUAUUGUCGCAAACGAAAACCGAACAAUCGAACAAGAACAUAAUGUUUUAACGAACUCGAACGAGAAUCAAGUUCUAAUUAUUUCCUGCCACGUGAAACAAUUUUAUAUCGAACUCUGCCAAGUGAAAGAAUGAAGAAGAAAGGAUGUCGUAUGAAAGUUCUUCCACGUGUGAAUUAUCUUUGUAAAGUUUGUAAGAGGAAAAUUAAUUGGAUGGAAGAAAUAACAAUUUUGUUAUAUCAAGAAAACGAAUGAAAAAGUUUCUUCGAAGGAUAAGCUGGUGUAUUUGUGAUGUAUAAAAAAAAAAAAAAAAAAAAAAAAAAAAAAAAGAAAGGGAAAAAAA